AGUAAGAUAAAAUUGCCUGAUACAGAUGGAUUUGGUGGCGGUACGGGUGAUACGUUAAAAACGGUGUGUUCUCUAAUUACUCCGCUUCUUGUUCGAGCCCGAAAUUCCAUCCCAAAAACGUGGGCGAAAUCCGCUUGGGCUGGCAGUGCUAAAAGUUGGAGUUGGAAAAAUAUGGAGUUGAAAUGUGACCCAGAAAUUGGAUGAUAGCAGUGAGCAUGCACAAGUAACGAAUGUAGUUUAUAUCCGCUGCGGGAUGUGGGUGGUUUUGAAAACACAGCAGAGCAAACAGAAAUCUUUUAAUCAACGGAAAGUGCACCAACCCAUUCAAGGCUGGAACGUAAAUGGCAAAACUGCAUUUUGCUUGCUUCGCACAACGGAUUCAGCUGCAACAAUUCUGUUCAGACAUGCGUUGAAUGGUGCAGAAAAGCAAGACCCUGGAUAGUAGUGCGCUAGUGUUCUGCAUUUCUGCAAAACUGCCCAAACGGAACGAAGUGCAAAUAAAUGAUGAAUAAUUGUGUCGACGAGCUGGCGUGUGGCUGGCAAUAGUGCGUAAAUUAAAGUUUGAAGUGUGUGUGUGUGUGUGUAUGUGUGUGCGGUGAUUCACCUGUUUCAUUUUUUUUUGGUUUGUCUUCACGGUGAAUGGAAAAUAUAUAUAAAUUUAUGAUAAUGAUUGCGCACCUCGCACCCGCCGUAAGCGACGCAAAGUGAUUCAUUCCUGUUUUUGCUGAGCGUGUGCACGUGUCAGUGUGUGAGUGUUUAGUUCAUUCAGCCAGUGAAAACCUUCUUCCCUUCAGUGCCGUUAUUUUGUUGUUGUUCGUUUUGUUUGGCAAAUGAAGCCAAAAUGAGGUAUGAAAAAAUUAUGGGAAAGCGUUAAAGUGUUGUGCCUCGGUGCGAAGUGUGCAGUGAAGUGUGCAGUUUGUUCCGUUUGAUUUAUUGUUAAUUUGUUAAACAAGUGUGUUAAAGUGUGUGUGUGUGUGCGUGUGUCUGUUUGUGAGCUGAGCUGUGCUGAGAUGCAGUGUUUCGUCAGCAUUACCGCACGAGUGCAUGGUUAAGUGAGAGCCGCAGUUGCAGCAUAUAGCACUACUGAGCGGAUCACUAGAAGCGGCCAGACGACGACGCAACGCCACAUCUGCCACGAGCGCACAUCUAGCAAGGAGCAGCAGCAACUAGUAUGCUCCCGGAGGAAUAAACCCAUUGCAAGGACUCUAAGGAGAGAAUGUUUCCAUAGCAAUGGGAAAAGCCGCGCGACGGUCAGUUGCGUCAGAUCCGUCGUCGCCGACCUUACCCUACCACUACCAGCAAGAGCAGCAGCAGCAGCAGGGACAACACCAUCAACGGCAGGUGCACCAGCAGCAAGAUCACCUGUACUAUUCCUCGUCCCUGUCCUACCCCUCCUCCUACACGCCUUCGUCACCCUCCUCGCCGUCGUCGUCCUUCACGGACUCCGGUUUCACCGGUUCCGGCUACCCGAUACCAUCGCUUGCCUUCUCCUCGACUCCCGCCGGUCCGCAGCUGCAGGCACCGCGCACAGCGACCCUCCAGUCGGCACCGCCGGGCUACAGCUCGUCCUCGCUUGCACCGGGCGGAGCGGCCGAGCCCGGGUCCGGGGCGAGUGAACUGUUCAUCCAUUCGUCUACCGCGGCCACACCCAACAGCAACAUCGCACCGGAGUUCAGUUCUACCGCCAAAGCGAGCCCGGUGCCCCGGACGGUCACUUACGCCGCCCCCGCUGAACCGACCAAGACUGGACCCCCGGUCACCCCGGUGCCUACCCCCCCUACCACCACCACCACCACCACCAACACCACCCAAGCCACCCUGUUACCGUCGUUUCGUCUCUCCAGCAACCAAACGCAGGUCGACCGGGAACGGGAGCGGCUCAGGAUGGAGUUUUACGCCACGUACGACGUGAUGACGGGCGUCCGGAUAGCGGCCACGCUCGGCGGUUUCUUCGGCCUAAUGGUGUUCCUCGUCAUCUACAAGAGCCGCACGCGGUCGACGGCCAAAGCACUCAAGGAUCCAACGAUAGCGGCCGUCGCGGCCGCCGUCAUACAGGAGGAGGAGGAGCGCGAGCUACAGGAAGCAAUAGAGGCGACGGCAUUCUCGUUACUGCAGGAGGAGCUCAACAUCAACUACCCGGGGCUGCAGCGGGACCGGUUACUAUCGCUCGGGAACAUUAGCGCCCCUCCGAUGCUGAGCCGCGGCCGCCGCAUGUCCUCGAUCAGCGGUGGCUACAGCAGCCUGCUCAACCCUUCGCGCCGCUUCUCGUACAGCAGCACGCGGGGGCACCGGAACAGCGUGUCGGUGUCCUCGCGCGUGCUCAGUGCCUACAACAUGGGCGGCAGCUUCGGCCAGGACGAUUACGUGCUCGAAAGCGACGGCGAGGAGGCGGACGACGAGUUCGAUCAGUUCACCACGACGGCCGAGAUUGGCUAUCCGAGCAAUUAUCUUUCCGUGCCCAACAAGUGCAACGAAUCUCGCCGCAGCAGCGCGAUGACAUGCUGCAGUACGGAGAGUUCCUUCCUCGAGCGGCGAUGCUCCGCCAUCACGCUCGGCCUUUCCUCGCUACCACCGAUAUCGCGGUCACCGUCGAGGCAGCAGAGCCGCGACGACACGACCGACUGGGAACCGUUCUAUCCCGGCAUCAACAUCAUCGAAGCGACGCCCAAAUCGUCGCCCUGCCCAAGCGAGCGGAUAACGCACCGGGGUCACCACCAGGGCGCGGACUCGGACCGGCCCUCUACGAGCCGGGGCAGAUCGGCGAGCCAGUUUCUGACGCCCCAACCCUCCACCUCCUCGGGGGGGUCGCGCGUGAUCGCACCCGCGUACGACGACGGCUCGAUCGACUGCAUCUCGGAGUAUCCGGUCGGCAGUGGGCUAGAGGACGGCUUCGGGUACCGUCCGACGCGACAACGAGCACAGCCGAGCACGUCCGGCACCCGCCCGUACAGCAACGGACGACCGGCCGAUGACGUCAGCUUAGCGAAUGGCGGCAUACUGCUGCAGCGAUCGGUGGCCGAGCCUCGCAGCGUCACCGCGCACGCGACGAACAACAGUAGUAAUGGCGCAAAUGUUAAUCACAGCACCACAGCGGUGCGGCGUGCCCCGCUAGCAUCGCUCAGUUCCUUCAAGAUGUCGUCGAUCGACUGCCAGGACACGGAUCCGAAGAGCGGCGGUUCGGACUCGGUGUUCGGCGAGGACAGUGGGGCCGACACGGACGAGGAUCUGCAGCAGUUCAGCACGGACAGUGACGAGCUGAGCCUGACGAUGCCGUACGAGGAGGACGAAGAAUCGCACGGUGGCCAGCAGCGCGUGCAGCGAACCGGAGGCCGCGGCUCGCUCUACCGGCGACAGUCAACGUUGGCGCAGGGCGACGAGCUGGAGGAGGAGGAGGAAGACGGCGGUACGCUGCUACCCUGCGGCAACGACCGUUCGGUGUUCGAGCUCGAGCACGAGCUGGACGUUCGGCAGCAGCAGCAGCAGCAGCUGCACCACCAACCAACAACCGAUACUAGUUACUUAAGUAGUCUUUCAAUUAGCAAUCGCUCCGGCAGCAAGGGCAGGGCGGGUGAGCGGGGCGUCCAGCCAGCGGCCACCAGCGGCCCUGGCGUGGGGAAACGCAUCGAAACGAAAGCAAUCAUCGAAAGACAGCAACCAAAUGACAGCAGCGGUCGUGGUGGCAGCUUCACCGCCGGCGGUAGCAACCUGCAGCAGCAGCAGCAGCGCCAGUCACCGCUCGGCGCCAUUCCCAAAGGGACGCGAACGACGACGACGGCGAGUGGGCCGCCACCGACCGUAAUGGUGCACCUGCCCGACGAUGAUCGGCCGAGCAGCAGCAGACGGAGCGCAGAAUCGGAUAGCAGCACCCGCCCGAGCAGUUCCGGCGAGUCGGCCCGCCAGCAGCAGCAGCAGUGCGUUGAGGUUAAUGUUAUCAUUAAGAACAGUAGCAGUAGCAGUAACACCACCAUUAAAAGUCCUUCUGUGAUUCUGGAGCUACCGAUACUGGCGAUCGACGAGGACGACGAUCCGUCCUCGUCCGCGCCAGCCCUGUCGGCGAACGAUCCCUGCAUUCCGGGGCCCUCGCGCAAGUGGUCCAAGGAAACGCUCUUCUAGUCACGGGCGUGCACCAGUGCAUCCGGUCUGUGGACGACGGCCGCCACCCAGCAUCAUCUACCAGCUACUUCCGGCAACGCACCACCACCCUCCUCACACCCCCACACCGAUCGAUCUAUCAAUCCGUCCAGAAAAACUCCAAGCUUGCGGCGGCUCACUCUCUCUGGCACACCUGACUUCUUCUGCAACUGCACAUCUCUCGCACUGCUGCUAGCUAUCCCCACAACCGCGUAGUCGUGCCGUUGAAGAUGUUGACCACUUUUGUUGAAACAAAAACAACACCCCCCCCCCCCCUCCCCCAAAACGACUGCUGCUACGCACCCGGGGGCUCACGCUGUUGAUUUGUUGUUGAUGUUAGUAGCGACGAUUAGUAAAUAGUGUAGGCGGGAGGGCGAACUGUCAAAUUCCGUUUACCAGCUGUCACUUUCGGCUCCAACCUGCCAACACAGCAAUGGUGUAGAUUAGAUUAGCGGCGAGGAAGCAAUGGCUGCUGGGUUGACAUUUGGAUUUGACAGAGAUAUAUCACUCAUCUGGGGUAGAAGAUGUUAGUACCAUUUUCCUUACUUCUUACUAUUCUCCAUCUCUUCACCCAUUUUCUCGUUAAAAAAAACUCUAAUGGACCAAUCGGGACGAUAUAUUUGUGGAAGAGUGGCAAACGGAAAACAAGAAAAACGCACACACACUCAUAAUUCUCCCAUGACAAUAUCCGGUCCCGCAAGACGGCAGUGAGCGACAGAGGACAUUCCUUCCAGUUAUGAUUCUUUGCGUAAACGAAGCAAAACAAACCCUCGGAGUGUUACCCUCUCUUUAGAGCAACGAGUUUUUUUAGUGUAGCAUGUGUGUAGGAUUGUUCCGGUUUUGGUAGUUAAGGAAAGAUAUUUUUCUUUUUGGAAAAUUCCCCUAAAAGAAAUAAAACCUCUCGUAGGACAAGCUGCCAAAAACGGAGAUGAAAUAGGUGCCGCAUAAUCAGCAAACUGGUGUCAAAUUCGUUUCCCAUAAUUCUACCCACACACACACACACUCUUGUGUAUAAGCAGCCUGAGUAUCAUUUCUCGUGUCACAGUCUCAAGCGGAAAGCAAUAAUGUAUUGGUCAAAAUUAAGAUAAUCGGUAAUUCGGGGAGGGCAAAGAACAUACGUCAACGCAUGGGAUCGAAUAUUUAAAGAAAUAUGUAAUUGCAAUUAUGUGCCUAUUGAAGAAAUGUGUACGUGUGCGUGUGUGUAUGAGUUACCUUCCAAAGUUCCAUUCUCUGGAGCAGGAGGCAAACUAUGGAUAAUAUGGAUAAUAUUUGGAUCAAACACACGCCAAACACACAUCUACUACUAUACAAACCCUCUAUAUACCCCCAUUCGUAGUGUUCUAUUCUAUUAGUAAACGCAGCUUCAGCGCGGCGUCGUGUAUAGUCAUCAGUCUAGUGAGAAUAAAACUACAGGUCAACGAGCUCUACAAUCUAUACAAUACAGCAAACAAUCUAUCUACUAUCAAAAAACGGUCGGGCGUAGAGUAGGUCGAUUUAGGGGAGUUUGAAACAAGCUCGAAAGAAUUUUAUGUCGAUACAAAAACCAACUGUCACCUUCAAAAUGCAAUCAGCAGUUACCAGAGUAGUUGCGGGAGUCGUGCCGUCGUACGCUUCCGCUGUGCUUCUUGUACACCGAGUUACAAGGCAAAGCAGCAGUGUGGUGCAAAAAUGUCAUCUAAACUACACAUACACACUCUUUUUCACCCGUCGUCACCCCUCUAAAGCUGAGCCAACGCGAUGGUGAACCUCUUUAGCCGAUCAUUUCCACCCAUAAGCACUCAUUUUACUGCUCAUUUAUUCCCCAUUUCGGAGAAAGGUUUGGGUGUUUUUUUUUUACACUACACAUCUUGGUUGUCGCCAGAUUUUCCACCAUUCGAAACAUACACACAUGCUCUCUUCCAUGGUCUUGCAGCGGGUUGUGGAGAACAAUUUGACGGUGGAAAAAAGGCCGGUGCGAAUGUAAAGAAACGAAUAAAUGUUUAACCUAAAUUGUGAAAUUGAAAACUCUGGCCGAGGUUUUCGGGGCAGGGGCGUCCAAGAAAAUGCUGCAGGAAUUGAAAACUAACAGAGACACACGGUACGAACAGGAGGAUUUUGCACGUGAACGGGACAAAACAGAAACCACAGAACAAACCAACAAAAAAACAAAACAGUGCAGCAGGAAAGUAGCAGGAACCCGAAGCUCGUCAGAAAGCUUGACGCAAUUUAAAUAUUCAUGAGACUGUGAGCGCCAGUCGGCAGUAAGCAAGCGGCCCUCAAACUUGCGUCCUACGGUUGGAAAAGCUGUUCAAGCAUUUGAAUGAGUUUGUGUGUAUGUGUGCAUGAUUGGAUAAGCCACGCGCCGGAACAGUAAGAUGUUCGGUCUAAAAAUGAAUUGUAAGCACAGAACAACAAUCACACCGAAUCGCGCGAAACGGUAAGAAAAUGAGCGUUUCGGAAGGAAAAGGUCAAAACCGAACAACAGCUGUAACCAGCAAAUAGGCACCUUGAAGCGCUUCCGCAAUACGUGUGCAGAAUAGCGCACACCGCGACCAAGAGAACAAUGCUAGAAAAUGCAAAGAAAAGCCGUAGAAGCGUAGAAUUCUCAAAGCAGAAUAAUUUCAGGCAAAAUCAUUCCCUUGCAAUGAGCACUGCGAAAUCACCGACGACAACGAAGGAACUGGUAUGCAUUUUCAUAGAAUUUUCCAAACUUUCUCGUCCGUACUUCCUGGAGCGGCCCAUGCCCACAACACCCCCAUUGGCGCUUCGUACAAUUUCCCUGUUUUCUAUCCGCUACCUCCCCGCUGUCAAGCUGUCUACACAGCGGAGAAGAGAAAAACACGUGCAGGAAAGUUAAUCACGAUUUUCGUGUAACUGUUGAUAGCGUGGUAAAUAAACAUUUCCGGGUAGAUGGUAAUUGAAAAUUAAAUUGUGCUCAUGGUUUUUAACACCCUUCACAGCCCGGUCGCGGUCGCGUUCGGUACGGCCACAAAGUUUGUGGAAGGUAAAGGACACGAGUUGAAUGUCGCCUCCAAGAACAACAUUAUUUUCCGAUUACUUGCUGCCUGAUGAACAGAGCUUUCGGAAGGAGCGUGUGGAGUUAGUUUUCACUGUGUUUUUGCGAAAGGCAUUGUAUACACCAACGUUUGUGGGCUUUCAGAGGAAUCAACGAAGAAUUGGCGAGUGGUAGCAAAAGUGUAAUGAUUUCAUAUACUUUCUUCCCUUACAUAUAAUAUCAUCCUUUUUGUGUUAAAUUGCUUCUUCUUUGAAUUUCUCUGUUUAGACACAAUUUAAAGGGAAUAGAAAAGAAUAAUACCAGAUGCAUUUAAAGGUUUGAAAUAAUAACAAACGGGAAAGGUUAAAAACGGAAAAGAACAUCAAAUUAGGUAGCGAAGAUGAAUUUAAAAGCAAGACGAACUUGAUAUUAAGGAAAGCAAAUCAUUUAGAAGGAAGCAAAUAGACCAAACGAAACUUUGAAAUGAAACAAAAUGAUCAGCAAAACAGAGCGGAACAAAACAUUUCAACAUGGCAAAAAAAAACUAAAAGCGAAGAAAAUUAAACAAUCAUCCAAUCAACCAACCAAUCAAUGAAUCAAUCAAUGAAUCAAUCAAUCCAAUCAAUAAGGUAAUGAGUAAAGAUAAGAAUUUUACAAUUGGAAAGCACACUAUCUGGAGCAGGAGCGGGAUGGUGGUGGAAAGCUGAAAGCAUACACAAAAGCAAAUAAAACUCGGUGUACACUAUAUACACUAAUUCUAUGUUGCCUUCGGAGUUGAACUGUGAAAGACCAAAUCUGUUUUAACUGAGCUAGGAGAUAAUGUGUGUGUAUGUUUGUGUGCGUGUGUCUGUGUGCGUGUGUGUGUUUGUGCGGGUAUUAAUCUAUGUUGCUGAAAUGCGGGGUCGAGGAAAUUAAUCUCUACAAAAACGUCAUGCGAGAGCAACACGCAACGAUUAGUGUGACAGCUCAAUCUAAAAACAGGUGCUGAAAUAGGAGAAUUAGCAGAAAACGUUGUAACGAUCGAUAAUCAGAAUGUCAAUUUCGAGUUUAAAGGAAGCACACACAGGCGAGAGAAGAGAGAGAAAGAGAGAGAGUGGCAACAAAUAACACUUGUCUUAUUUUACCGUCGUAACGUUUAGAGCUCUAGGUACACUAGCUGUGUAUUGGGCGGUGAGUUAGUAGUGCACUGCUGCUGCAACUAGCUACCGCAUACUACUUACUAUCACUGAUCACUGUGUACUAUGAAGUAGCUGCCAUACGUGCACAAUAGUACAGCUGCGUGUGUCAUACUUUUAAUGUGAUUUCAAAACGGGGAUUCAAAAACUCACCCCGAAAGAUUCGUACGGGUAGAGUCGAGGAACAGAUCCACUAUCGCCCCUUAUAAUUGUUGCUAGGUGCAUCAUUACUGGUUUCUCUGCUAGUGGUAGUGUGGCAAUUGUCUUAGCUGCGCAUCGUGCUGUACUUAUGAUUGCACAACAACACUUAGUCUCUCUUUGCUGAUAUGGGACUUUUAGUGAGCGGAUUAGAUGAGCCGAACAAAAAAAACUGUAAUAAAUUGUAUUUUGAUUUUCUACCGGAACGAUCAGCCAGUAUCUCUGUGCAAAACAUCUGCACUAAAAACAGUGGUUGGCGUUUUAUUCAACAUACCAGUGAUAGUGUUUACUGUCGUUACAAGAACUAGAAUAUUCAAUUAUCAUGUUAUUUUUCUUUCUAAAGGAUACGUCUUUCUAUUAUUCUAUUAUUUUUCAUGGUUGUAAAUGUGAAUGUUUAAAAACAAAUUUGAAAAUAUUUUGUUAAUCUUGAAAAUAUGUUGGUUAUUUCUAGAACAAUUGUGUUGUCUUGUUAAGCACAUCUAUUAUGAUAGUGAAUUCUUCUCGUAUUAUUCUUUUUGUUACCAAAAGUUAUAAGUUGAAAGCUAGCUGGUGAUAGGAAUGUUUUCAAAAUUGUUAACUGCUUCGAAGGACGCGAUUGAUACUUAGCUAGAAUUCAUAAACAAAAUAUGAAGUGUUCGAAGACAAAACCAUAAAUAGAAUAGAGACAAUGUUACGUGCGAAAUAAUUGUCAUAAAAGAAGGACAUUUUAUUUAAACUUCAAUAAAUACGCUAUUAUUUGCAGGAAAAUCAAUGCAAAAUAAUUUCAACUAAUGCAAAAAUAAAAUGAAUAAAAGCAAGUUGGUUCGGACAAAACAUUAAUUACUGAGACGUAUAUUCAGCUAAAUCGAAACUGUAUCAUCAACAUUUCCAAAAUUGAAUGCUAAAUUGAAGAGAAACGGAGAGGGAGAAAAAACACACACCGAUAACUAGAAGAAGAAAAAAACAUAAAUAAAUCAAUGCAGUAGCUUUAAAUAGAGUGUAGAAUAAAAUACCAAUAUAAAAUUGUAACAAAUGCUUUGAGCUAGGCUUGCGUAUGCAAAAAUGAAACGGUCUGAAGCGCUCCGUUUGAAGGAUGGGAAAUGGGAUUCUAGCACUCCGUAGCGUAUCUCUCUAAAUGCUCCUCCAGCGCGCCAGAAACCGUAGGAGAAAAAAGGGGUUGAGCUGCCUGUCUUAGACAAGGAUUUGUGAUAGAAAUGACUCGGUUUUGUUUGUCUGUAGUCUUCGUGUCCUCGUGUAGCGCCGCUCUGUGUACAUCCACCACGGAGAACACUCGAUUGUCAACCUACUGAUGAAUAUAUACCUCUGGUGCCGCUCUUGGCACAGCAUGCUCUACUCUGUUCCGCUCCUUGUUGUCCGUUCCGAUUAUCUAUCAAAAAACAAAACAUGCAAACAGUAGCCAAAAAGCGUAUAGAACAGCCGAACAAGAAAAGGCUGUUUAUGUCUUAGCACUCGACUCGACUACAUUACUACACACAGGUUGUCCAGAAACACAGGUUGAACAGAAGAUAGGGGCGAAUCACUUACUACUGACUGAGCUCAACACAUUUACCAGUUAAUAGAGAAGAAGUUCCGCGUUUAUAAGUAUAACAGAUGCGGUGGAACAACACACUAAGUAAAAUUGUUAUACGGAUGUUAUAAUAAUGGAAAAGUAAGUCAUUACUAUAUGACAAACAGUUCCGAACGUUUUGAGAUUCACGCAUCAGUUAAACGAUAAACGAAGCAAAGCCCAAAACAAAAAAAAAACAAAUCUCGCAGUAUAUAACAAUAUAUUAAAGAGAAACAAUAAAUAACACUGUUGAAAUGUCAGACAUUUUAAUCACGACCCACCCCAUCCUGCGCUUCUUCUAUGCAGUUUGCAUUAUGUUUCUAGCUCUCAUCCAAAACCCACUGUUUGCGCUCAACGUUGAUUCAAAUGCAGCAGAAUUAGUUGACGGACUUUGCAAUUACCAUUAGUGACAGACAAUUUGUGUAAAAGAAUCUAGCACUAAAAUGUAACAAUACACAACUGAGCUUACAAUCCGUCAGAGAGGGAAAAGUGAAUGAAAACGUAAUAAAAAAAGGGUAAACUUUUGCAAUUAAAUAGACACACUCGCCAGGGAAAAUGGUACGAAUAAGCAAACUCAGACAGUAGCAAACGCCCUGACGCCCAUAAACAUGAUAAGAUUAAUAGGUCGGUAGAGUUCUCAACAAGUAUUGAAUUGAUAGCAUACGACAGUACCAGGGAAUGUGCGGUAUAUAUGUUGACGAUUUAGUAGACUAAGGAGCAGAACGUUUAGCUUAAAACACCCAAUCGUUAAAAGGCUUCGUUUUUUUUUUUUUUUUCGUUCAGCAUACAACUGCAAACAGUGCUCAAUACCACGCAAAGCACGGACACUGCAACCCAUUACUCGACAUUGUUACUUGUGUGUAUGAAGCUUACGUGAAUAGAACAUGCGGAAUGCGGAAAGCAAACCAUUGAUAGACAAGCAAGUAGACGUUCAGCAACUCCCCGGUACAAUCGAUAGGCCGAAAUCCACACAGCUCCUAUGUAUGAAGGCUUGAAUCGUUAUUGAGUAGGAUGAUAAAGCGACUAAUUGUAACAAACGUGACACACGACACGCCCCAACAAAACACUCCAAACAGACAGCAUCGUCUUUGUGGGCGUAUGCGCCCGCCUGCUUGCCGGUUUGGCAUCCCAAACCAAUACUACUAAUUGUUUAGCCGUUGAACACAUUCAAAUUUUGCAAAACCAACAAAUAAAGCCGGAUGUUAUUGUAGUACGUUAAUUAGCAGUUGUGUAAUCGUAUGCAUGGGGAUUGGAAGUUCGCAACGCCAUCCCAGUGAGGCAAACCAAAACAAAGAAAACCCAACUAACACCUUGCAUUAAGGUGUGCAGUUCAAAAAUGGAAACCUAAUUGAAGUUAUUAUUAAGUAGUGCUAAAUAAUUGCCACCCCGCAAACGUGCGAACACGAAAACUCCGGGCGGACUGUGGGCGCAGCAUCUAUUCAACCAAAUCAUAAUAAUAAUUUUAGGAUUGUAUGUUGUAGCACGCGAUGGUGGAAAACGGAAAACGGAAAACAAUCAAACAACCAGCCGAGAAGAUGGCAUGCAAAAACAUCAACUAGCACACAAACAAAAAAAACAAUGAAAGAAUCGAAAAGAGCAUAUAGUUCGUACGGAAACAUAAAUAUAACAAAUAAUACCGAUAUUGAGUAUGAUAAUCUUAGGAAAGUUUAGAAUAUUCCGAAAGCAGAGAAAACAAAACACACAGAAAAAAAAGAAAACAUCCACGUUGUUUAACUUAAUAAUUAGUGCUGUAUAAAUUGUAUAAAAAAUGGCGAGAAAAAGGAAAUAAAAAAAACAACAACAAACCCACUUUAAGUUUCAAACUAGCGUUAGAGAAAAGCGUGAAGCGGAACAGCAACACGGGCAGAGGCCAAUAAGUAACGAAUGUUGCGAUUGCAAGUCGCAAAACAGAUGCAUAAACUGAGGAAUGACGAUAUAUAGAACGCGUAAAUCAUUAAAUUGGCAUGUGGUGGCAGGCGGUACAGAGAAGUGUGUUACGAAUUGAUAUGUGAAAAAUAAAACGCCCAAU